AUGAAUACUUUGGAUUCUUGGCUGGAUAAACUGGAAACUGAAAAUACUAACAGAAUAAAUAAUCUACUGGCGAAAAAAUCUCGCCUUGAGCAUUAUUUUCACAAUAUAUUAAAUCAUUCUACAAUGAAUAAAAUUGUUUGUAUUACUUCUGGUGGUACUAUUGUUCCUUUAGAAAAGAAUAUGGUAAGGUAUAUUGAUAAUUUUAGCACAGGUUUAAGAGGUGCACUUUCUGCUGAAUACUUUUUACGUUCAAAUUAUGCUGUCGUAUAUUUUUAUCGUAAAGGCUCUUUAUUACCAUUUAUGCAUCGUUUUAAUCGAAAGUAUCAUCAUCAGCAAAGAGGAGGACAACAACAACAACAAAAAGAACAGGAACCACCACUAUAUGAGUGGAUCGAUCCGCAUGACUUUGAAGUAUUCCAUUGGUUUACAGUAAAUACACAAGAGAAUAAAUUACAAGUUACAGAGAAUGCGUCGAAAUUUCUUCUUCCUAUAUUCAAUGAAUACAAUGUGUACAGUCAAUAUCUAUUCCUACUAGAAUUUGAAACUGUUGAAGAUUAUUUAAUUGAACUACGAUAUCUAGCAAAGAGUUAA